UAUAAGCUCUCUCUAUAUUUAUGUAUUUUUUUUUGUCGUUCAUUCCGUUUCCGUCUCGUGACGUCAUUUUGAAGGAGGUGACAAUCUUCUGAGCGGGAAAUUCUUUUAUUAAGCCUCCAAGAAAGUGGAACAGAAGGGUUCGUUGUGCUGUUUUCAAACUGUAAACGCUCUGCCAACCAACAUGCCCGCCUUAGAUGUUACAGAUGUGUCUGCACAUUCUCCAGCAAAGAGGCAAAAAACAGAAAUCGAAGGAGAGACGCCUGUACUGAGGUUUGCUAAACUUUCUGAGCAUGCCACCACUCCGACUCGUGGUUCCACCAAAGCUGCAGGAUAUGAUCUCUACAGUGCUUAUGAUUACUCCGUUGGAGCCAUGGACAAGGCCAUCGUGAAGACUGACAUUCAGAUUGCCGUUCCUCAUGGAUACUAUGGGAGAGUGGCACCAAGAUCAGGCCUGGCAGCGAAACACUUCAUCGAUGUUGGUGCUGGCGUUGUGGAUGAAGACUACAGGGGAAACGUGGGUGUCGUACUCUUUAACUUCAGCAAGGAGAUGUUUGAAGUGAAGAAAGGUGACAGAGUCGCUCAGCUGGUUUGUGAGAAGAUCUGUUACCCGCACCUGGUGGAGGAAAAGACACUUGAUGAAACGGACCGCGGCGCUGGAGGCUUUGGAUCAACUGGACGCAACUGA